ACAUGUCCUGAACCAAGUUUUUGUUGAAGAGGUCAUUUUUGGGUAGGAUAUCUCACCUGGUCAACACCUCGAAAUCAACACAUUUAUCGGGAAGGGAACAGCAAGACAGUUAGUGAAAAAAUUCCUAUCAUGGAGGUUGCAGAAAAGAAGAUGCCCAAACAGGCCCAGCUGCUCUCUCUUGGCCGCAAGGACACCAGUCACCUCUUGGAAGUGUACGUGAAGCGCAGCAUCAGUUUAAGUGACGGGACAUGUGAGGACCAGAGGUCACCAACAAAGCCUCGGAAGUGGGUGACACUGUCAGAGAAACGCAGAAGAGUCCACCGGCAUUCUAUUGACUCCUUGGUCACCUUAGGGCCCAGCAAACUUGGCGAGGGCGAUGCCACCAGCACACCACCUGACGAGGGCUUUGCUAUACCAAAUGUGGCUCCUGUAGAAAUCCCAGGGCCUGCUGAUAUUCCUGAGAUUGAUGCGUCUACUCAACUGGAGAAUAAGUCUAAAGAGGGAAAGAAGAGGACCAAAAGGCCCUCUCUCUGGAAAAGUUUUCUGGGUUUCUUCUCGAAGAAGGGGAGUGACCAGAAAGAUGAGCAUGAGUCUGGUACAGAGACUGGUGGACAGUCGCAAGGAAACAAAUCCAUAAAAAAGCAAUGGCGCUCCAUGAGGAGACCUCUGAGAAAAAUAAAGAGUGACAGCUUCAGAGGGUCUGUGAGGAGAUCAUCGGCUCGGAACAGGGCCAACACUACAGAAAUAACUGGAGUUGAAUCGGUUGUGAGUGUGGUGCUUACAGACUCAUACUAUGAGAAAGUGUCAGAAGAGCUGGAGAAGAUUGUGUCUGAGGAGAAAGAGACAGACACAGCUUCUACAGAUGAGGACGUCAUCAAAAGGAUCAUUGUUCUGAUGAAGCAGCAAGGAGACGUCAUUGAUAACAAGCUGAAGGAGAACCCCAGCCUAAGCGCAUUCUUUCAGAAGCUGUCCUACAGUACCUUCCAGCAGUUGGCUGAUACGUACGUGGAGACAGAGACCCCUACAGGCCAGAGCCGCCAGACACCACACACUGUUGGGCCCGGGCCCGUCAACGCCCCGGAGCUGGUCAAGCUGGCCUUCACUCUGGACUUCACAGCCAGGGUGGCCUGUCUCUCCAGACAAUCCACAGGACACAUCAUGGGCCUGGGCAACCGCUACUUAGAGGACCGCUUCACCCAAACACCAGAGGUUCAUCCAGAUCCGACGCUGCAUCACCAGGAUGGUCCUAAUCGUUGAUGCACCACCACAUGCAAAUGAGACCAACUAGUGCAGGGGAAAGUAAACAUACUCAGUACUGUAAUAACACAUAAAGUGUUCCUUGGGACACAAAUAAAACCCAGAGGCAGGUCACCUCGGGAACACCACUUAUGGUAGUCCUUGUACCAGUAAACCUACACUAGGUCAUCUAAAUAACUACUAUGUGUACAGGUUAGUAAGUAAAAUAUAUCCACUUCUUACCACUUGUGGUGCAGUCUGUAUUUACUUAUCUGAAUUAGUGAUAGUAAGUACUAUGUAGCCUACUGUAACUGCAUGUACAGGUACAUUGGUUAUUUCCCCACAGCAGGGUAUCUUAAUCCUGGUUCUGUGAACUCAAAAGGGUGCACAUUUUUGGUUUUGCCCUAGCAAUACACACCUGAUUCCACUAAUCAAAGGUUUGAUGAUAAGUUGAUUAGUGACGUGUGUAGUGCUAGGGUAAAAACUGAAAUGUGCACCCCUACAGUAACCCAAGAGUAAUGCAUUGUUUCUGGGGAUUCUACUUAUGACACGUGACAAAAUAAGAAAACCAAGCUAUUGAUCCAAACUAUUUAUGUAGCAAUAUUUCCAGAUGGUAGAAAUAUAUUUUCUCUAAUACUGUGGUCCUGUGUGGCUCAGUUGUUAGUGCAUGAUGCUUGUAACACCAAGUGUCAGUUCCCACUGGAGACACCCAUAUGUGAAAUGUAAACACGCAUGACUGUAAGUCACUUUGGAUAAAAGCCUCUGCUAAAUGGUAUAUAUUAUUUCUGCAAUAUCAAUGUUUUACAGAUUUUUUUGAAUGCACUUUACAAAACUUUAUCUGGCGAUGUAAUAAUGCAAUGCAAUGUCCUGCACUUUACACAGUGCACUUGUGUAUUAAUGCAAUUACAUGAAAAACGCAGCAUACUUCUGUUAACUUGUUUUAUUAACUAUUAUUGUUAUUGGCAGUGCAAUCUUUAGUUUCAUCAUUGUUCACCUGUUUUGUUUUUCAGUCUAAGGAUGAACAACUGCUGAUCAACAAUAUGACAUUUAUAUAGAUGUGUAUGCUGGCAUUCACACUUUGUUAAAUGAAUAAAUUAUGUUUUUGUUAAAAAGCA